GAUAAGUCUUGGUCGCCUUGGGCCUCGAGGCCCAUAGAUGGAUAAAAAAAUAAAAAAUAAAAAAUAAAUUAAGGUAGGGCAAGUUUCAGACGACACAAUCCUGCUCAGACACUCCUCUGGGCGUAGCCUCCGCUAUCGCCUCAGGUGACAAGGUGAUCAUUAUAUUUGUUGCAUCGAAAAAGUGAAUACUUUUCGUUGAAGUUCUUGACAUCAGAAGUGGUUCUUAACUCGCUAUUGCUGCAUUCUUCCCUCCUUUAUGUUAAUCUGAUCUUAUUUUUCUGGUUUGUUAAUGGAUGAUGCUUCGUUACCAGUGUUCUCUUUACCAGAAAAUAUUCUCCAGCCAUUGCUAACUGCUUCAAAUUCCUCUACCCUAGAGAAAGCUCUAAAAAUCCUAAUAGAUGUUUCGAGAUCCCCUGACGGCCGCUCUGACCUUGCUUUCAAGAAUGUUCUGCCAACGGUCCUUCUGCUCUGUCAGAACCUGUGUUACCCUUCUGCUAGUCACCUUCUCUUUUUGUCUCUGAAGCUCCUGAGAAACCUUUGUGCUGGAGAAGCAGCAAAUCAAAAGUCUUUUAUUGAAGAAAAUGGGGUUAAAAUUGUUUUACAUGUGUUAAAUUUUGUUGGGUUUACUUCUGAUUCGGAUUAUGUGAUAACUCGCAUGGCUUUGCAAGUUCUGGCAAAUGUUUCACUGGCUGGAGAAGACCAUCAGCGUGCUAUUUGGCAUCAGUUUUUUCCACUCAAGUUUGUUGAGAUUGCUAGAGUCCAGAAAAGGGAGACUUGCGAUCCGCUGUGUAUGGUUAUUUAUGCAUGUUGCACCGGUAGUCAUGAACUAAUUGACGGGCUUUCUGGAGAUCAAGGGUUGCCUGUCAUGGCGGAAAUUUUACAGACUACUUCAGCAGUUGGCUUUGGUGAAGAUUGGUUCAAAUUGCUUCUGUCCAUUAUCUGCUUAGAAGAAAAUCAAUUUCCGCAAUUGUUCUCUAAAUUAUGCCCACUUGACAAUUCGGGAAACUGUAAAAGUGUCCAACCCAGGGGCGCUUUCGUAUCAGAACAAGCAUUUCUCUUGAAUGUUCUAUCAAAGAUCUUGAAUGAGCGACUUGGUGAUGUAUUUGUUUCCAAUGACUUUGCUUUGUGUGUUCUUGAUCUAUUGAGAAAAGCUACUGGAGUUGUUGAUUCUGUCUCAAGAAGAAAGUCUGGUCUUCCAACAGGAUCUACCGUUGUUGACGUCCUAGGGUAUUCCCUCACCAUUUUGAGAGAUAUCUGCUCCUGUGAUGGUUUAGGAGGAUUUAAGGAGGGGGGUUCGGUAGAUGUUGUUGAUUCACUACUAUCCUCGGGACUUCUAGAAUUGCUUUUACGCUUGCUUCAUGACCUCGAGCCUCCAGCAAUGAUAAGGAAAGCAAUGAAACAAGGUGAGAACCAAGAAAGAACGACUUAUUCAGCUAAGCUUUGUCUUUACGAAGGGUUUCGAAGAGACAUUGUUGCAGUGAUCGGCAACUGUGCAUACAGGAGGAAGCGUGUGCAAGAUGAAAUUAGACAGAGGAAUGGAAUUCUUCUGCUAUUGCAGCAAUGUGUUAUUGAUGAAGAUAACCCAUACUUGAGGGAAUGGGGUAUCUGGUCAGUAAGGAACUUAUUAGAAGGGAAUGCAGAAAACCAAAAGGUAGUAGCUGAAUUGGAGCUUCAAGGAUCUGUUGAUGUGCCUGAAAUUGCUGGACUUGGUCUCCGAGUAGAGGUCGAUGAGAAAACUCGUCGAGCAAAGCUUGUAAAUGUCUCAUGAGUGUUUCCUAAGCCUGUACCAAAAAUUGCCUAUAUAGAGCUAAUUAAAUUAUAGGGACCGAGUAUUUCGUGCUGCUAUGCUGGAUUUUUGUAUUCAUUUAGGUUUUUUACUACUUUCCAGUUUUAUCAAGGAAAGACACCAUAGAUUGCUUUCCAUUGUGAGCAUUUAAGUACAAAUAUAUAAGGGAAGAUAUGGGAAUUUCUAUUUCA